AACAAUUGCUCUCACUGUUCUCACUCACCAUUCCUUUCUUUCUCUCUCCCAGCCUUCCAAACGCGCUUCCCCACCUUAAACCUUUCAUCUCCUUCUUCUUCUUCUUCUUCUUCUUCUUCUUCAGCUGGCAGGUACAAAGGACCGAAGCCAAAACGCGACUUCCUAGCCCACUGGGUAUCCAAAAACGACGACGUCGUUUGCACGCUUCUUAUAUACGUUGGUGCUGCCUUCCUCUUCACCGUCCUCGUCAAUCGCGCCCUCUCCCGCAUUGCUCCCGUCGCCGAUCCCGGCAGGGUGGUGAAAUCCUUCGCUGUUAUUAUGGGUUUGACGAAUUUCGUGCUGACCGUGGCUGGUGUGAGUGCGGUGGUGCUUCUUCUGAGGAGCGACGUGAAGCAAUCUGCCAACAUAUUCAGGCGCAAUGUUAAGCACAUCCGUAACUGGCUCGAAGAAGAAACCGCUGCUUCUUCCAAGGAAAUGCAGAAAUCUGCAAAAGAAUUGGAAUCAAAGGUGCCUCCGAAAGAGACUCCUAAGGAGGACAAGCACUAGAUCUUUAUGCAAAGUGAUGGAGUUUGUUUAGUGCAGUUGUUCCUUUUUUUGUUUCCCUUGUACUGGGUUCUUAUGAAUGCAUGUUUUUUUGUUACUAAAAUGGAUUCAUCAUCUAUGUCUGUUGAUAUAAAGUAUGAACUCUUUCAGACCCCUAUUUUCUCAAUCUCAUAUAUACAUAUCCAUCAAUAACAAAUUCAUAGUUAUUCCACA